AUGGCUUGUCGACAAGCUUCAUUUUUUAUCGUGCUAUUUUUCAUUUCUCAACUGUUCCGUGACAAUGCCAGUCAGCAGUGUGGAGCCGGCGGUGACCUAUACUCCAUUUACCAAAUGAUGCUCAAGGGCCACACUUACAAGUCGUUCAAGACUGCACCGGGUACUCUAGAAUGCAGAGAAGCUUGUCUUGCUGAUGUUAAAUGUCAAAGUUACAACGUCGUUAUGGUUAUUGCAAUAUGCGAGUUAAACAACCGAUCUAAAGAAGCCAGACCAGAGGACUUUGUCAAGAACAAGGACAGAUAUUACAUGGCGAAAGGUCCAAAACGAGGUGAUAGAAAAUGCAAAGAUUUAAAAGAAGUAUUACAGUUACGGAGAGGGGGAGGGGAAGGGGAGAGGAGGGAGGUAAGGGGGGGUAGGGGGGCGACAUUCAACUGAUAGCUCGCCAUGCGAGCGCAACUUGAAAUGUACCCAAUGUGAUGCUUGGCAUUGUCUGACACAUAUCUUUACAGAAGUGUCAAUAGACUGCCAAUUAUAAAAUAAGUCAUAUAAACAUUCCACACACAAUUUAUCUUAAAGGCGAUGUAAAGAAACAAUAUGGGUAAUCAGACUUUCGUGGAUUUUACACUGUCAGCAAUGAAUCUUUCCUACUCUUAUUCUGCUAACAUUAAUCGCUUCAAUUGCAGUUCCUCUCGGAUCAAUUCGUGAGUUGCCUGCGGAAUCGUGCAAGGAGAUCAAGGCGAGUGAAGGAGGAAAGGCGGUCAGCGGUAAUAAUUAUUGGAUGGAUUCAACCCGAUCUGGUAACUCUAUUUUAGCUGGCUGUGACAUGAAGACUGAAGGUUAG